AUGGACGAAUGGGCGUUGGAGCGUUACUUCGACAAGUACAUCGCACACGACUCAUCGAGGAUCAACGAGGAGCAUGAUGAAGGUGAAGAGGCAUUUUUCCGUUUGCUGCCUGAUGAGCUGCUGACGCUGCCCGAGUCCGGCCAGAACAACACAGCCGAGAACCAAAGCAGAACAGUCGGUCCCAGUCUGGACCACAACUCCCAGAAUGCCUCAGCCGGGCCGUCCUCCGCCACACCUCAGUGCCACAAACCGUUGCUCAGACCCUGCAUACGUCCUCUGCUGUCGUGGUUCCGUGUGUUUGCGAGCAGGAACGUCGUCUCUGUGGUGAACCUGGGCUGCCGUCUGGACCUGGACCUGAUAGCCAGAACAGCGUGGAAUGUCGUGUACAGCGCACAGGUGUCGCACAUGCUCACCAUGAGGAUACGCAAGCCGAGAACCACGGCAAACAUCUUCUAUACCGGGAAGCUGGUCUGCACAGGAGCCACCAGCAUGGAAGAGUCCAAGGUGGCGGCCAGGAGGUUUGCUCGCAUCGUGCAGAAACUCGGGUUCCCCGUCCGGUUCCUCAACUUCAGGAUCCAGAUGAUAGUCGCCACUUGCGACACUUUCCCAGUGUCUCUGGAGAAUCUGGUGCGGGCCCACAAGGAGCACUGCUGUUAUGAUCCGGAGCUGUUCUCUUGCGUCUUCUACAAGUUGCAGCCCGGCCAACGCAUUAUCAUCCCUUGGACAGGGAGGCUCACCCUGACCGGACCUAAAAAUAUGGAGGACAUCUACAGAGGGUUUGAGACCAUCUAUCCAAUCCUGUGCAACUUCAGGAUACGAAUCAGAGGAGGUUCCUGA